UUCUUCUUCUUCUUCUUCUUCUUCUUCUUCUUCUUCUUCUUCCUUUUCUUCCUUCUUAAGCUUCUUCUUCUUCCUUAAGCUUUUCUUCUUCCUUCUUAAGCUUUUCUUCUUCCUUCUUAAGCUUUUCUUCGUCUUCUUCAAUGACGAAAUGUUUUCUUUGCUUCCUCUGUCUUCUCCUCUCCCUACUCAAUUUCUCGUCAUCUCAAGACGACACCACCAUAAUGAAUUCCCUCAAAACGUCCUUUAACCUCACAAUGUACCUCGAAUGGUCAGACCCCAAUCCGUGCAAAUGGAUUGCCGUCAUUUGCGACGAACGCAAUCGCGUCACGAAGAUACUGCUCAAAGAGGCCAUCGUCCGAGGGAAGCUCCCUCCUGAACUCGGGAAACUCUCCGAGCUCAUCGAACUCGAUCUCUCCUCGAACGAAAUCUCCGGUUCAGUUCCGGAUCUCUCCGGUCUGACUCAUCUAGAGAUACUGAAACUCGGCGACAAUCUCUUCGUUUCGACGCCGGAAAAUCUCUUCUCCGGGAUGAAAUCGCUACAGGAAGUGUACUUGGAUGACAACCCGUUCGCUUCUUGGGAGAUUCCAGAGACUGUCAAGGAAGCGACGUCUCUGAUGGUUCUCUCCCUCAGCAACUGCAACCUCAAGGGUUCGAUUCCAGAUAUCUUCAGCUUCCAGACGCUCCCCACCCUCACUUCUAUCAACCUAUCUUGGAAUCAUUUCUCCGGAGGUUUGCCUCAGAGCUUGUCCGGUUCGUCGUUGCAGAAGUUGUAUCUCGACGGGCAGAACCUCAACGGAUCGAUCUCGGUUUUGCAGAACAUGACUUUUCUCAUCGAGGUUAAUCUGCAAGACAACGCCUUUUCAGGUCAAAUCCCUGAUCUCUCCGGUUUACGGUCUCUAAGAGUGUUCAAUGUAGCAAAGAAUCAGCUCACCGGCCUUGUCCCACCUUCGUUUAUCGGUCUCAAGUCGCUUUCUGUAGUGAAUCUCACUUUUAAUUACUUUCAAGGACCGAGUCCCUUCUUCAACAAGUCAGGCGCUGUUUACACGAAUAAUAGCUUCUGUCUGGCCACUCAUGGCGCUCCCUGUGAUCCACGUGUCCAGACAUUGAUUUCUAUAGCUGAGUCGUUUGGCUAUCCGUUGAAGCUAGCCAUGAGUUGGACAGGGAAUGAUCCGUGUGUUAGCUCGCUCUGGCUCGGGAUUAAUUGUUCCGGAAGUACCGUUACAGGUGUUAACCUUGGGAGGCAAGAGCUCACGGGUACCAUAUCUCCCAGUUUUGGCCAGCUUACGUCUUUGCAAGCUAUUGACCUUUCUAAUAAUCGACUCACUGGGAGUAUACCGGAGGUGCUUACCGAUCUGCCCAGGCUUAACACACUCGACGUGUCUAACAACAACAUUUCUUGUCUCGUCCCAAUGUUCAGCGGAAGUGUGAAAGUGGUGACUUCUGGUAACGCUAACAUCGGAAAGGAUGUACGAGGUUGUGGCGGCGAAAGUUCUAUCAAGUCGAGAAAUGUCAAGAUAGUAGUUAUUGUGCUUGUUGCUGCAUUGGGUCUAGUUGGACUCGGUGUUUGCCUCUACGCCAAGAAGAGAACACCGAGCCAGCAUCACUCUAGUAUCAACAAUGGGGGAGGAGGAGGAGGAGGAACCGAGAGCGCCAACAGUGACGCCGUGGAGUCUGGUAACUUGGUUAUAUCGAUACAGGUUCUGAAGAAUGUGACGAACAACUUCAGUGAAGAGAACAUUCUCGGGAGAGGCGGUUUCGGCACAGUUUACAAAGGCGAGCUACACGAUGGAACUAAGAUAGCUGUGAAGAGGAUGGAGCUUUCAGCUGUGAGUAAUAAGGGACUUGAAGAGUUUAAGUCUGAGAUCACAGUUUUGACUAAGAUGCGUCACCGCCAUCUCGUUGCACUUCUUGGUUACUGUCUUGAUGGCAACGAGCGGCUUCUUGUGUAUGAGUACAUGUCGCAGGGAACACUGAGCCAGCAUCUGUUCCGCUGUAAAGAAGGAGAGCGUAAACCGCUUGAUUGGACUACAAGGUUGGCUAUUGCUUUGGAUGUUUCUAGGGGUGUGGAGUACUUACACACUCUUGCUAAUCAGAGUUUCAUCCAUAGGGAUCUAAAACCAUCUAACAUCCUUCUUGGUGAUGACAUGCGUGCUAAAGUCUCUGACUUUGGGUUAGUCCGCUUAGUCCCUGACGGCGAAUACUCCAUCGAGACGAGAGUUGCUGGGACCUUCGGUUACCUUGCUCCAGAAUAUGCAGUGACUGGAAGGGUGACGACCAAAGUAGACAUAUUCAGCCCCGGGGUCAUACUUAUGCAGCUAAUCACUGGACGUAAAGCCUUAGAUGAGACGGACCCUGAGGACAUCGUCCAUCUAGUAACAUGGUUCCAUGGUGUAGAGGCCAGCAAAGACAAAGACCAAAACGCCUUCAAAAACGCGAUAGACCCGAACAUGAAGCUGGACGAAGACACCUUAGCCAGCGUUGAAAAAGUUUGGGAGCUUGCUGGUCAUUGCUGUGCACGUGAGCCUUCCAAAAGACCCGACAUGUCUCACAUCGUUAACGUACUUUCUUCUCUCACCGUCCAAUGGAAACCCGCUGAGCUCGAUCCUGAUGACCUCAACGGGAUAGACUAUCGUCUUUCCCUUCCGGAGGCGGUUAAGAAAUGGCAAGCUUCUGAGGGGCUUAGCCAAACGGAUGACUCUGGUUCUUCCUCCUCUGUGACAGUAAAUAUCAUUUAGGAGGUGUUAUUGGAUUAAGAGUUUAGUGGAAUUGAAAAUAACCGUAAUUAGGAUUCUUUUAAAAGGUGAGAAGGAUUUAAAUAGAAUGGUUUGCAAUGCAUUUUGCAUACGUAAAUACAGACUACAUUCUACAUUCUCUCAAAGAAAGCUUCGAGCUCCAGCACUCACAUACGUAAAUACAGACUACAUUCUCUCAAACCAACACAACUCUUGCCAAGGCUUAAUAUCUUGUCCCAUCGAUUUACUAACUCUAGAAAAAUGGAAAAAGUGGUCUGCACUUGAAUUCACCAGAAGAACAUUCCUGACAAAUAUAAAAGGCCAGAAACCGGUCAGAGAAGAAAGGAGCAGAAUGAGGCUGUUGAAAGAGAAACUCUGAGUCUGUUACAGCAACCGCAGAGUGAAGAUUGUUAUGCAAUUGUCAUCAAGCUGCUUUGCAGUGGAUGAUGGUAUAAUAACUAAGAGUAAUACCUUCACAGUUCGUUUGCUGUACUUCUCAGAG